AUGAAAAGCGUCUUUUUCAGGUAUCUUCACAGCGUUUUGGUGAAGAACGAGCAGGUAACAGAAAAUAACCGGAAAUUGCUGGUGGAGUGCCUGAGGGCCAUUGCUGAAAUUCUGAUCUGGGGCGACCAGAAUGACAGCACUGUAUUCGACUUUUUCCUCGAGCGACAGAUGCUGUCGUACUUUCUGUCCAUAAUGAAGCAGAACUGUGGCUCGUAUGUUUGUGUUCAGUUAUUGCAAACACUGAAUAUCUUGUUCGAGAAUAUUCGCCACAAAACAUCGCUUUCAAUAACCAUGUCAAUUCAAUUAUCACUCAUCGUUUCAAUUUCGAUAACGAGGAAAUCAUGGCCUAUUACAUAUCAUUCUUGA